AAAAAAAUAAUGACCAAAAUUUGUUGAAAUUUAUUGAAAACUAUAAACCCACAGGCAAGUGGUUCAGUGAACCCCAAGCAAAAGAAACAUGAAAAAAAAACUAUACCAAGUGGAACAAAGAUAACAAUGGCAUCAGAUUUAUCAUAGGAAACAAUGCAAGCAAACUGAUAAUAGAGAAACAUCUUUAAAGUCUUGAAAGGGGGAGGCAAACUGUCAACCUAAGAUUUUUAUACCCAGCAAAAAUACCUUUCAAAACGGAAGGUGAAAGGAAAUCCUGUUCAGAUAUACAAAAGCUGAAAGAAGUUAACAGCAGCAGAUUUAUACUGCAGGAAAUGUUGAAGGAAAAUUGAAUGGCAGAAGGAAAAUGAUACAGGUUAUAAACCCAGAUGUAGAUCAACACAAAGGAAUGAGGGCACCAGAAAUAGUAACUAUAUGGUUAACUCUAAAAUACCUGUGCAGUGAUGAUGGUGCCGGAGUUACAAAGCAUGAAACCUAUAGUUAAGGAACCUUUCCAAAGGAGACAGUGAACUUAGUAAGUACUCUGGGCCUCCUUUUACUAGAACCAAGUAAACUGCCUGUUUAUAUUGCCCAUCCAGUAUAUUAAUUAACUUUUCCAAAAAGCAAGGGCAGAAAACGAAGUCUCUUCAACUAUCUGAACACUGUUUUUCCUGCUGAUAGCAUAUGGACACUGUGGUACAGAGAUUAUGCCUCCCACCCAUGUUGCCCAUGUCCUAAUCCCCAGAAACUGAACAUGUUGCCUUAAAUGGCAAAAGGAACUUCCUAGAUUUCUCACCUCCAGAAUUGUAAGAAAAUAAAUUUGUGUCGUUUUAAUUUACUGCAUUUGUGAUAAUUUGUGACAGCAGCAAUGCAAAUAUAGAAACAUUAAUAUUCAAAUUCUACAAAGCUUUAUAAGCACUUUCUAUAUGACAGGUAUAAAAAUAUCAUUAGGGUUCCAUUUAUUUUCAUCCUCUUCUAUAAAGCUGUUGAAGAGCUAGAUCAAUCAUUGCUUUUUAUUUUGGGUAGUCUCCUAAAUCAGUUAGGAUACUUUCAGUUGCCAGGAAAGUAGCUGGAAUUUAUUGCUCCAAUAACUGAAAAGUGCAAAGGUUAGGCAGCCAUCAGAACUCUGGCAACAUUUCUCAGUCAACCUUUUGGCACUGUUCUUUUCCCAUUUUCAGCACCGUCUUGGCCCAGUUUCUCCCAUCUCAGGAUGACAGCCAGGAGGAGCUGAGCUCUGUGCUCUAUUCUGGAUUAAGGAUGGAGACGGAUUGUAAUCCCAUGGAGCUAAGCAGUAUGUCAGGAUAUGAAGAAAAUGCAGAGCUUAAUGGUUUUGAAGGGACUGACAUGAAAGACAUGAGGCUAGAAGCUGAAGCAGUUGUAAAUGAUGUUCUCUUUGCCGUGAACACCAUGUUUGUCUCAAAAGCCCUGCGCUGUGCUGAUGAUGUGGCCUAUAUCAACGUGGAAACGAGAGAAAGGAACAGAUACUGCCUGGAGCUCACUGAAGCAGGGCUUAAGAUAGUAGGUUAUGCUUUUGACCAGGUGGAUGAUCGCUUACAGAAUCCCUACCAUGAAACGGUCUACUCCCUGCUGGACACGCUCAGCCCCGCCUACCGGGAGGCCUUCGGAAACGCACUCCUUCAAAGACUGGAAGCUUUGAAAAGGGAUGGACAGUCAUGACUAAGCAUUUUCCUUUGAGAGAGGGUGGCUGCUGGUACAAAAUGUUGAUGUAAAGCUUGAAAUUCUUGCAUAAGGUCGUAGAAAAUCAAAUGCAUCUUUGAUUUUGUGUCUUUAUCUUUUCUUGCUUCAAAUUUGGCUUUUGACUUAGAACAUUAUUGAGUAAUGAAUCGUCUUUCUUAGUUCCUGAUUCAUGAAGGGAAUUGCUGUAAAACCAUCAUUAAGACAUUCAAAUUUCUUCAUGUAGUAUCUCUGCAUUUCAAAACCAAAUCAGUGUUUCAUUCUGUUAUCCAGGACUUCGAUUGCUGCCAGCACUCUAUCACAUGGGAACUUCUGGAUUUGCACAGUAAUGUAGGAUUUAAAAGGACCUACAUGUAAACUUUGGUUCAGCUCGCUAAAUCAGGGGUUUACUCCUAACUUGGACUAACUUUGUAAUACUUCUUUUGGUACUAGCCUUACUGGAAACAAAUUAUCAACCAGUUUCCCCUGCACAAAAUUUGAAAUUCACUGAAUCACUUCAUCUAUUUAUAUUACUGAAAUGGACUGAUGAAGAUGAUUUGAAGAUAUAUUACUUAGCUAGUAUUCAAUGAACAACAGGGACUGAGAUAGUUCUGUAUUCCUUGUUUGCAACAGCCAGUGAACAAAGAGGACAACCGUUAGCAAAUGAAUGUAAUAACUUUCUCCAAGGUGUUUAAGCACAUAAGCAAAUACAGGAACAGGCUCCAUUCUUUUUCUUAACAAAAAGCAUCUUCAGUGUGUAGGAUUUAAAAGAAAGAAGAUUCUGAUUUCCUAAAAAACAGUCUUUUGGCCUGUGUUGAUUCUUAUUAUGAAUGUUUGUUUACAUGAUGUACAGUAUAUAUUCAGAAAGUAUUUUCGCCUCAGUGUUUACUUUCUAUAAUGCAGUACUUUGGUAUUCCCACAGCACCCUCCUUCCCAGCAGAUGUGCAGUGUUUCGUCUCAAUGCCAAACCCACAGUGUAAUCUGAGUGCAUUGUAUGGGUUUGAAAACCAAAGGAUGAGGAAGCAUUCCGAGACUUCAUAUUUGAAAAAGGGAGAAAUCUGUAUUUUAUAUUUUAUUACAAGUACUAAGAUUUAUAAACUUAGUAAACUAUACCAUGCUGCUAUGUGUUUUCAAGAACAUGUUGAAUAGUAAGGAUUGGGGAAGUUUUUUUAAUACUAGUAGUCAAAAGCAGCAGCUGUUAGAAAUGUUGAACUAGAAUUCUGCAUUUGAACACUCCUUCAGAAAUUGUCAUUCGCAGGCUUUGUUUUCUAUCAUUAUUAAGUAAUGGGUACUUUCAGGCUCUGAAGUUUUUGUAGACCAGAGCGAAUUAGAGUUUGGUUCCGGUCACUGUUUAUUCCAAGCCCCAUUGGAAUGCUUUCAUUAUGGGUGAUAUGCAUAUUCAUUCUCAGCUUUGCUUUCAGAUGCUUAACUGUUUGGGCAGUGAAGUCUAACUUCAGGUUGAACAAUCUCAGGCUAACUGUAAAGUUUGAAUAAAAUUCUAUCUGUUCAUUUUGAGUUAAGUAUGCAGAAAAAAAUGUAUGUUUAAAAGUUGAAAUUGUUCAUUUUGUGAUAAAUGAUUGAUUCCAAGAG